AUGUGGAACCAACAAAACGAUUACCAGCAUAUGAAUUCUACUCCCCAACCGAAUCAAAAUCAACCGAAUCAAAAUCAACCCCAACCAGAAAUUCCAGUAAAAAAGAUAGUCUUAAUAGGUGAUGGAGGUACAGGUAAAACAACUUUUGUUAAAAGACAUAUAACUGGUGAGUUUACACGUAAAUACGUUGCAACAAUAGGAGCAGAUACGUAUCUCUUACCUUUCUUUACUAAUUAUGGCCAAGUUAACUACAAUCUCUGGGAUACAGCUGGACAGGAAAAGUACGGCGGUCUUAGAGAUGCUUAUUAUAUUGGAGCGGAUGGAGCUAUUAUUAUGUUUGAUACAACUUCACGUAUUACUUAUAAGAAUGUCCCUAACUGGUAUCGAGAUCUACGUAAUAUCUGUCCUACUAUUCCUGUUUGCAUUUGUGGGAAUAAAGUAGAUGUGAUAGAUAGGAAGGUUAAACCUGCUAAUAUGAAGGGUAGAAAAGGGAUGGUAGCAACGUAUUUUGAUAUUAGUGCGAAGAGUAAUUAUAAUUAUGAUAAGCCGUUCCUUUUCUUUUCUCGGAAGAUCUUUAAUCUGCCUGAUCUCUUCUUUGUGGCUAAUUCUAAUCUGUUACCUCCUGAGGCAACGGUAGAUGAAGUCUUACUGGAGAAGAUGCAGAAGGAGUUUGAAGAUGCCUCGGAGCAGGCACUGCCGGACUUUGAAUAA